AUGGCUUGGAAGAAGAAGAGGAGACAACGACUACAGCGACUGGGGAUUCGGAUGGCUUCUGAUGGACUGGCGACGAAAAUGGCUGAAACGGAUCAUGACUAUCGGGAUUCAGACGUAUUGGAAGGACGAGUGGACAUGGGAUGGUUCGAGAUGGGUGAUGAGGGAAUCGGGAUGAUUUUGGCGUGCGCAUUGGACCAAGAAGAAGAAGAUUCGGGUGUCGUGCUGAGAUUGGCUUCGAACGAUGAAGAAAAAUUGAUGACGAAAGAGGUGGAGUUCGAGUGUGGAGAUGAGCAACGACGAUCGGAUUGGAUGGAUGGAGAACGACCGACGAUUGGACAUGGAACGGAUGCGAAGAGGGAGCGAAAGGACUUGGAAGAGGGUGAAAGCGAAGAAUGGAACUGGGAUACGAUGGAUUUGGAUCGGACGAGAAGAAGAACAACGACAUCGGUUGCGACGGCUCGAGACCGAUCGGAUUGGAUGGAUGGAGAACGACGAUUGGACAUGGAAUGGAUGCGAAGAGGGAGCGAAAGGACUCGGAGCAGGACGAAUGAUUCGAGAGAAAUCCGGAUGGCUCGAUUGGAUUCGAAUAGCGAGGAGAGGAAGAAGGCGAAUGAGUUGGAGUUGAGGAGCUGCGAAAGGAUUCGAAUGGGAAGACGAAGAAGAUCGAAAGCGAUGAGGAGGACGAUAGGUGGAGAAAAGGAAGCGAUGGUUUCGAUGGAUGGGAGCAGGGAAACGAUGAAACAGACGGAUGGAAUGGGUCGAAAACGAAUGGAUGGAGCAGGAUCGAAUGGAGAAGAACGACGGCUGGACUUGGAAUGGAGCGAAUCGGAUGGCGAGCGAUGA